AUGACGGAAUUGAUACGUAAAUGGUUGAGCCAGAGACUUCAGAGUCUUCCCGAUUUGUCUCCGCAGGCUAUAGGAAGUAGCUUACAAGACGGGAGACUCAUGACACGAGUUUUAUUAUCAUAUGGCGUCAUAACUCAAGAACAACUAGAGCAGAUUGAAAGUUGCAACGACAUGUACGCCAACCAACGGCGCGUCGCCUGCUGGCUGUUACUGAUCGGUAUUCGUUGUACAGAGGAACAGGUCUUAGAUCUCAGCCGUGGUAAACAAAUGACAGCUUUGGCAAUUCUGUACGAAAUGUAUCUUGCCCUUAUUGACAAAGGGAGAGCGCACUUUGUUCUCACGGAAAUAGCACGAACUUUGCACCCUAGACAUGAAUCCAGAAAAUUCGAGGUAUACCGUAUAUCACCCGAAUAUAGAUGCUACGAGGAGCCUAUUGCAUCGAAACCAUUAUAUGAGCAACAAGACUUCUUGGCAAGGUGCAGAGCAUGGUCAGAAGAAGCUAAACCAAAAAAGAAUAUAGGUAGUGAAAAACAAAAGCAUUCACUCAAAGAUAGCUUACAAAAAGAAAAAUCAAUUUCCGAAAAAACAACUACAACCAGUAAAACGCCGUGGGAUCGUUUGGAAGAAGACAUAGCUGUGUUCGAAAAAAGAGUUUGUGGCAAACAACGUACAUGUUGCACAAGAAACCAAAAUUAUUACGAACUCUUAAUGAUGCAAAAUCGUGCGGAAACGGAUUUGAAUAAAAUGGUUUAUAACCCUGGUUAUAUUCAGAAUGAAGUAGACAGUUUCAUACAACAAUUGAAAGAUCGCAAACGAGAACAAUAUUAUCGUAUGGUUCUUGCAAAAAGAAUUCGUACUUGGAUCGAGGAAGAAGUUUUUGGUCAAAUCGAUCUAUUAGAUCAUUGCAAAUAUGAUGCUCCUAUAUUAGACGUAUUAAAAAAGCAAUCAGUGUAUGAAAAACAAAUGGGUACAUCUCUAUUAGAGGUUAAAAUGGAUCAAAAAGCUGAUUUUGAAUACGCUACACAGUACGCUGAUCAAAUUCGUUGUUCGAGUUUCGACAGUACUAAUAUGUUAUUAAACUUAAAACUUGAUAAAGAUGGUGCAAAUGAAGCCGUGCGAAUUGAAAAAGAAAGGAACUGGGAGCUGCAUAGACGCCUGUACGAAGAGAAGAGCCGCAGACUUCGUGGUGACAUACAGGGUAUUUGCGAAGAAAUUGCAAAUGCCUUCAUUGAUUUAUCAGUAAGCGUCGCCCAGUAUAAAGCAAAAUAUGCAAGUGACGUAUCGCAAGAGGUUUGGUCUGAGAUGUGUUCUCUGUUCGUGAGCGGCCUACCUAUCAAAGAAAUAAUCGAAAACCCUGAAGACAUUAUAAGCGAAGAGGAUGAAAUAAGUCUUUUGGAAAUGCUACGUCAAGAAACAAUGAACGACCGCGAUUUCUUCGACUAUCACGAAAAGAGAAAUAUUUGGCGCAUUGAAGUGAGAAACAGAGACGAAGAACCGGACUGCAUACUAUUGGGACACGUGGUACACGUAUUACUUGAUAAGAAGUACCCUUUACCAGAAGCGAAUCCUGCAGUGGAACUACCAAAAGUGACAGUUCGUGCCGCUGUAAUAGGCGCAAGAGGCGCAGACGUUAUGGCUGCAUUAAGAAUUUUGCUACGCCAUAAAAAAAUAAUGGUGAUUGAACCAGCAGAUGUUAUUGAUUUUGCCAUAAACAAAUAUAGAGAGGAGGCCGUAUGUAGUGUUUCAGUUGAAGAAUAUGAAAUUCCGAGAGAACCUGAACCAGGAGAAGGAUCAUUACUAGGCGAAAUUUUCGUAGCGGAUGAUGAUCGACUUCAAGAAGAAGAGAAAGCAAGAAAAGCAGCCGAAAAGGCAGCUGCAGCUGCAGCAAAACCAGUAAGCAAUGGAAAAAAAAGCAAAAAUGGCAAAGCUUCUGAAAAGGCUAGUAAGAAAGGAAAAGACAAGAAGGGAAAAGGUGAACCUAAAGAAGUAGAAUGUGUUACUAAAUCGAUUAUACAUAAAGAAACGCAAACACCUAUCAAAAUACCAGAAGUAAUUGUUUUAUCCGAGCUUGCUUCUUUUGGAGAAUCUGCAUACAGAUUGCUGGUUGGUGGCUUAAAAAUUCCUGAUGAUUUAUAUUUGAAAAUGGUAAUUAAAUAUAUACAAAAUAAUUGUGAGGGAAGGGAUGGUUGGGCACUCAUGGGAUUUCCUCAAACUUUGUUCCAAGCGAAUAUGUUUGAAACUGUAAUUACAGGUAAGGAACCAAUAUGUGGAUUGGGUUUACAAGAUCCUCCUCCGCCGGACGAACGUUUGAAAUCAAUUGUGCUGCCAAAUCCGCAUCCUCGGACUCCGCCGACGGACGCGCCAACGAUAUUGACAGCUUACAUCCGCAUGCAACACGUGCGUGGAUCUCCAGAAGCUCCUGAGAAGCCAUUAUUGUUCCCAGCAGACGAGGAUAAGAUAUCCAUGUUCUAUAUGAAGCAGGGUAUAUAUUCCAACCAAUACUAUACGGAGUUCGAUGUCAACACGGUUAAAAAGAUGGCUAAGCAAAUCAUUGGCGAUUAUAGUUUACCAUGGAAAACAUCAGAAGAUCUACUUGGAUUUUCUGUUGGUACAAAAGAUCAAAACCCAUACCAGCUAGAAACAAUUGAAGAAAAUUCGGAGGAAAACCAUUGCGAAUCUGAGGAGGAAAUAGCCGAUAUAACUAAAAUAUGGCGUUGUCCAGUAGAUGAUCCUGCAAUACUAAACACAACUAUCAUGGAAAACCAAAGUUCCAAAGACUCAAACAUCGACGAAUUUGAGUUUGUAUCGAAACCCUUAAGUGAAUCUGCAAUAGCAUCUUUAGCUGACCUUUGGGAAGAUGUAGAAUCUGCAUAUUACAGUAAGAUGCAGCAGUUAUCUCCGGUAUUACGUUGUGACGAGGAGGUGAAAGCCGACAUUCACUGCCGAAUUUGCGACCUUUACCAGGAUUUGAUAAAUCUAUGCGAAAAACGACACGUUGAGGCUGAAAUUGAACGGCGCAGAUUAAUUUCCUUGGAUUGGCCAGCUGAUGAAAUGACUACAUUAACCAAUUGCUUUAUCUAUGCUAUGCAGCUGGAGAUGGACCGUUAUGUAGGCACAUUGCAGAUGCUCGCAGAUUACUAUGCGAAUGCGUAUGAAAUUCUUCCUUCAUCAACACUAUUUACGAAGUGUGAAUUACCAAUAAUGCAUGUUAAUGAUGAUACAAACGAAAUGUAA